UAUGUACAUUUUUAUUUAUUUUAUUUAUUUAAAACAAUGCACUUACCCAUCUGCUGUAGUGUGUUUCUGGUAUUUAUGUAUUUUUUUUAUGGUACCACUAUUUGUAUAGUCUUUCUUUAAUUGGUUCCACCAAUCUAUUGCCAUUUGCAAGUCGCUUUCAUAAAAGCAUCUGAUAAAUGAAUGAAUGUAAACUUAGAAUAUUCAUAAUAUUUGACAACUAUAGCACUAGCAUGCCUGAAAACAUCUUCACAGUUCACCUUCAUUGUACAGAUGGAGAACAGAAUUUAUGUAAAUGUUGGCCUAUAUUGUAUAUAUCUGAAAAACAAAAUCACUGCUUUGCAUAUUAAUUAGUCGUUUGACUGAAAACUUCAACGUUACUGACAAAUAACCCUGUAGUGGUCAAGAGGGGGAAACUUUUUAAAGUGAAGUGUCAUUAUCACGGAAAUAGAUAGGCUCCUAUAACUUCACCACUAGAUGGCUAUAAACUUGCAGAUCCCGUUUUACCUGUAUUUCCAGACAAAGUAUGUACAAUACAAUAAGUAUAUAAGCAUGUAAUAUAUCUAUUGAAAUACAAUAAUAACGCUAUUGUUAAAAAACUAAACUAUAAACUGUGUAUAUAAAAACACGAAACAAAUAUCAAACAUAAAAAUCUCAGGUGCAGACAAAUCCUCCUCAGCUGCCCGAGGUCGUCUCCAUGGGAACCAAUAUGAAAAACACAAACUCAAACACAAAGGAAGAGUUAUUGCGCGAGCCGAUUUGUAAUUGGAAAACUGUUGAAACGGCUUGUGGUCAGAAAGGACAAAUAAAAGUUCUUGUUUUAAUUUAAGCACAUUUUGAAGGCUGAAACCGCUGCGAGUAAAUGUAUCUGGGAUGUCGGCCACAAUUAACCCGCUAGCAAAUCCUAAAGGAGUAAAGAAGCUGUGCGAACUUUGCCAGAAACCUGCUAAACUUCAGUGCACAAAAUGCCUGGUCACAUUUUACUGUAACUCUGACCACCAGCAAACUGACUGGACCAGUAUUCAUGGGAAAGUCUGUCCGUUGCUGGUAUCUAUCCACACACCUGCACCAUUCAGCACACUGCAGUCUGACCGAGAGCACCACCACAAAGAAACACUGAAGAAACAGAAACAUCUAGUAGAGAUUGCUCAUUUGGAGUCGCAGAGGUGGGUGUCCAAGAAGAGGUUCCAGGAUGUGUUACCGGCCGCUCUCCUAUUCUUGCGCUGGGCCAUGCGGGUGUACGGAUCCUGUGCUGUUGAACUGGUACCAGCUUAUCUACUGCUCGCACAGGCUAAUAUAGGUUUAGGUUCUCUCUCCCAGGCACAUGAGUAUCUGUCUAAGGCUGAGUGGACAGUAAUGAAAACACCAGGGUGCAGUCACACUGUCCUUCAUCAGCUACACAGAACCCUGGGUCGCCUGCACGCUGCCAUGGGAAAAUACACAUCUGCUCUCACUCACUUUGCCAAUGACGUGUAUUAUGCCAGUGAAAUGUUUGGUUUGGGCAGUACUGUGACAUCUGGAGGAUAUUUUCUUAUGGCUGAUGUGUUUCUGAAGCAAAACAAGCCUGACAUUGCCCAUUCGCUCUACACAGAGGUGGCAAAUUCAUGGCACACUCACCUGUGUAAGCUGAUGGAUGGUAUCGGGCAGAGCGGCACUCAACCAGAGAAGUGUUUUGAUGAGGCCCAGUGUGUGGAGGCUGAUCAGAUGUUGAGAUGUAUCUUGGAGUUUGAGGAACAGUGUGUGAAGCCUCGCCCUGACCAGUCAGCCAUGUUGGCACAUUCUCUGGCUAUGCUGUGGUUACUAUGCAACAACUACACCAAGGCAUUGGAGUUUGGGAAGAAGGCUGAGGUGUUGAUCCAGGGGUUAAGUGAGCAAAACAGACUGAGAGAGUCAAUCCAUAAUCUACUACAACAUGCUGAAAAACAGUUGGAAUGAGACUGGCCACUAAACUACACACCGCAAACAAAUCAAAAUGGACCACAAUAUACAGCACAACAACAGUCAAAUUGUCUUCACACUGUACAGUGUUCAUAUUCAUUCAUUAAAUCCAUCGAUAUUGGGAGAUAUUGAUGUAUAAUUAAGGUGCAGUCUCAUUAGCGAAAUUUCGUGGGCAAAAAAAGGUUCAUUGUCUAGGUCAAUACUGAUGUAUGAAGCACGGCUCGCACUUUAAAUUUUAUUUUUUUUUUACUUUUAAACCAAGCAGCUUUCUGUUGGUUAACGCAGUGAAUUUGUGAACUCGAACCGGUCACGAAAUCUGUGAGAGGAAAUAUUUCACCCUCAUGUAAAAUUCCCAAGCGCAUGGAUUCCUAUUGAAAUGACUGGAUUUUACCCAUGAAUUCACUAAACAACAGUAUGUGUGACCCCACCUUUAGUGAGGCAGGCUACAGCAAAAAUCUUGCAAAAGAUCAGUGGAAAAGGCCCGUCAACUGUGAUGCGAGAUAAAUAGACAAGCUGACACGGUUUCAUGUUCUGGACAUUUUUAAAAUGUCUUUAUUGGUAUUAUUGGUAUUAUUACGUAAUGACACAUAACAUCAAUGUUGGCGUUCUAUCACUAGUAAUUUCUUGUUUUAAAUUAUACAACAUUGCUUGGUUUUUGGCAUUUAGGUUCCCACUAAAAAAAAAAAAAAAAA